GAGCGGCGGCGGCGUGGCGGGGACGGGCCCCGGGAGCGGCCCCGGGAGCGGCCGCGGGACCCGAAGCACCGCCAGCACCAGCAGCAGCAGCAGCAGCCGCGGGGCCCGGGCCGGGGUCGGACGGCGCUGGCAGCCGCGGCGGCGGCAGCGCUGGCGCUCGGUCUCAUGGCGGCGGCGACCGAGUGGAGCCGGUGGAGCGAAGCCUCGCGCCUCGUCACCCCCCACCCCGCGCCCCCGCCGUCCCCCGGCUCCACCGGGCCCCUCGCCUCCCCCGCCUACUUCUGGGGCACGUACCGGCCGCACGUGUUCUUCGGGAUGAAGACGCGGAGCCCGCGCUCUGUCGUGACCGGGCUGAUGUGGCUGCAGCACGGCGGCGGCCUGCGGCACACGUGCGAGCAAGGCGACGGGCCGGCCCGCUACGGCUGGGUGAUGCACGACGGGGAGAACUUCGGCGUGCAGGAGAUCCGCGACGGGCGGCUGCUGCUCAGAACGGAGUUCGUCAAGCAGCCGGGGGGAGACCACGGCGGGGACUGGAGCUGGAGGGUCACGGCGAGGAUGGAGGGGAAAGGCCCGGCCCCGCUCCUGUCACUGUUCUUCUACGUGGCUACGGACGGGCAGGGGGAGCUGCGGCCGGUGCUGCACAACGGGACCCACCUGGCGGCCGUGGAGGGAACAUCGGAGGAGCUCGGGAACUUCACCCUCACCUUCCUGCCCCCAAUGGAGGAGGGCGAGGAGGGGCCCAAAUAUGCCAGCUACAACUUCCUGGCGGGGUCGGUGCCGGGGCUGCAGCGCCUCACGGAGCUGGUGCAGCACAGCCUGCGGGAGCCCUGCGUGUUCUCACCGCCUGGGCGCCCACGGCGACACUACCUGGGGGUGUCGGGCGCGGGGGGGCUGCCCGGGGAGCCCCCCCGGGGGCAGCUGCUGCUGCACCAGGUGACGCUGGAGGCGCCGGCGGUGCUGGAGGCGGUGCUGGAGUCGGGCAGCGCGGCGGGGGCGCGGCAGGGGCGGCUGGCGGGGCGGGCGCUGGGCGCGGCGCUGGCCCGGCACGUGACCGCCUUCGAGCGCCGCUUCGAGGACACCUUCGGGCUGGAGGCGCGCGGGGCGACCCCCGCCCAGCGCCGCUUCGCCCAGGCCGCGCUCAGCGAGCUCCUGGGGGGGCUCGGCUUCUUCCACGGCCGCUCCCUGCUGCGCUCGGAGCACCGCUCGGAGCCGCUGCCCGGCCCCGAGGCCACGCUGCUGACGGCCGUGCCCUCGCGCUCCUGCUUCCCGCGGGGCUUCCUGUGGGACGAGGGCUUCCACCUGCUGCUGUUGGCCCGCUGGGCGCCCGCGCUGGCCCGGGACGUGCUGGCGCACUGGCUCGACCUCAUGAACGCUGACGGCUGGAUCCCGCGGGAGCAGAUCCUGGGGGACGAGGCGCGGGCCAGGGUGCCCCCCGAGUUCGUGCUGCAGCACAGCGAGACGGCGAACCCGCCGACGCUGCUGCUGGCGCUGGAGCGGCUCCUGCCCGACGCGCCCCUGCCCUACCUGCGCCGCCUCUCCCCGCGCCUGCGCGCCUGGUUCUCGUGGCUCAACCGCACCCAGGCCGGCCCCGAGCCCCUCACCUUCCGCUGGCGCGGCCGCGACACCGACGCCGAGCGCUUCCUGAACCCCAAGACGCUGGCGUCGGGGCUGGACGAUUACCCGCGCGCCUCGCACCCGUCGGAGCAGGAGCGGCACCUGGACCUGCGCUGUUGGAUGGCGCUGGGCGCCCGCGUGCUGGCAGCGCUGGCCGAGCGCCUGGGGGAGCCCCCCGAGCCCUACAGCGACAUGGCCCUGGCACUGAGCGACAACGCCCUGUUGGAGCGGCACCACUGGGCGCCCGAGCUCGGCGCCUUCGCCGACUUCGGCAACCACAGUGCGGCCGUGGCGCUGCGCUGGCACCGCCCGGCCCCCGUGCCCGGCCGUGCCCCGCCGGCCCCUCAGCUGCGCCGGGAGGUGCGGGAGGCACCGCGGCCGCGCUUCGUGGGCGCGCUGGGCUACGUGAGCCUGUUCCCGCUGCUGCUGCAGCUGCUGCCCGCGGACUCCCCGCGCCUGCCCGCGCUGCUGGGCGCCAUGCGCAGCGAGGCGCAGCUCUGGACGCCUUUCGGGCUGCGCUCGCUGGCCCGCGACAGCCCCUGGUACCUGCAGCGCAACACCGAGCACGACCCCCCGUACUGGCGCGGCUCCAUCUGGGUCAACAUGAACUUCCUGGCGCUGCGGGCGCUGCACGAGUACGCACGGACAGCGGGGCCGCACCGCGAGCAGGCGGCACGGCUGUACCGGGAGCUGCACCACAACCUGGUCACCAACGUGUUCCGGCAGCACGAGGCCACCGGCUUCCUGUGGGAGCACUACCGGGACAGCGACGGGGCGGGGCAGGGCUGCCACCCCUUCGCAGGCUGGUCCGCGCUCGUGGUGCUCGCCAUGGCCGAGGACUAUUGAUGGGGGCUCCCCGUGCCCCCGCCCCGCACGCUCAGGGCCAGAGGAGGUGCUGGGGGGCUGUGCUGGAGCCCCCCCAUCUCCCCCUCAAUAAACCUCCACAACUUGGGCCUCUUCCUGCCCAG